GCCGUGAACUGCUACUUGAGAUUUUGGCCAUUAAGGCUGCUACGAUAAACGGUAGAGUUGUGUGUGGCUUGUUGCUGCUGGGUGCCACUACCUGCUACCAAUCCGCUAUAGUGCACGAUAGCACUGCCAAUGGCAAUUAAACAAGUUCUAUCAGAUCAAGAUAGCGAGGAUGAAGUUGAUGAAGAUGUUGCAGAUUUUGAAGAUCGAUGGAUGCUUGACAAUUGUGCUGACGUGAGCGAAGAUGAGAAGCAAAUCAUGUAUUUGUGGAACUCAUUUGUAAGGAAGCAUAAUGUGGUGGCAGAUACUCAUGUUCCAUGGGCAUGUGAGGCUUUCUCCAAACUGCAUGCCUCUGACUUUGCCCGAUCCCCCUCGCUGGUUUGGUCUUGGAGAAUAUUUAUGAUCAAAUUAUACAAUCAUGGUCUGCUAGAUGCUGGCACCUUAAAUGACUGUAGUAUUAUUCUUGAGCAGUACAAGACACAGAAUUUAGAUCCAAAAACCUAGUGGCACUGUUAUGCUUGUUUCCUAGAGUUUUACUAUAAAUUAGAUGGGUAAAAUUUUCAUCCCUCGGACAUGGAACUGUGCAAAUUAAAUCGAUGGGUGUAGGUUAGUUGGCAACACAGGUUGAGUAGAUGGGGAGAGAACCUAAGUUCGAUUUCUAUCAAAUACAUCUUUUUGGGAAGGGGCGAAGAGCUUUAUCUGUGACUAAACUUCGAUUUGGGAUUAGUCUUAUAACUGGCUUUAAAAGUUUAAGCUUGUGGGGAUACCCAGGGCCGACUCACUUCAAAAAGGUAAUUAGAGUCCGUAUACCCAAAAACAAAGAAAGAAGGAACUGUACAAAAUUUUCAGCAACUUUAUAUUUAAUUGUGUCUAUAUAUGAUUAUUCUUAUGUUGUUGAGCAUUUUCUGUUCUUCUGUCUGAAUUUUUGCUCUCACCAUUUCUUUAUUGAUAUCAAAAUUAUGUUCAUAGCUGGGGUCUCACUUUAAAUAUAUUUUUGUUAUGUUACUUCGUUACUUUUAUCCCAGUUUUUAUUUAUUUUUUCUUGAAAAAGAUAAGAGGUUAUAAUGAGCCAUAUCUCAAGAAAAAAACACUUCAUGUUUGCAUGACUACGGGUAUUUAUUUCAGUAAGGUAUAAAUAUAUUUGGAGUUUUUAACUGAUAAGAGACUCCUUUUAAGAGGUAAUAUAGAAAGCGUUGUAGAAGAGUAGCUCGCGACAAUGACUCAGCAUGUGGAUAGAAUAUUCUAGAAUACUCUCAGUUGAGUUAGACUAGAAGAAUUGGUUAAAUUGUGAAAGUGACAUGUUAGAGGCAGGCUGGAAAUUGGGACUAUCUUGGGGUGAGAAACAAGAGUGGGUAAGACCUCUGGAGCUUCUCUAUUUUACCUUUCAGUUUCCUCCUUGUAUUUUCCUUAAGUUUCCAUCAUUGUUCUUGUUUUCAAAUACUAUUUUGUAAUGUUGCAUUGUUUACAUGUUUCUGUAUCAAUAUCAAACUUCCUUUAUUAUGUUCCCUCCCUGUGUUGGUUAAUGCCUAUCAAUUGGUAUCAGAGCUCCGAUCUAGGAGCUAUGGUAUUAGUUUAAAAAAAAAAAUAUGGUUCCAAAGUUUGAUGGAGAUGGAGAUGAUGCUUGGGGAUGGUUAAUCCAUCUAGAGCAAUCUUUCGAGACAAAGAAAACUCAAGAAAAAAGAUGAUAGAGGCUGGAUAUUGGGACUAUCUUUGGCUUGGAAACCAGAGUGGGAGAGACCUCUCGAGCCUUUCGAAUUGCUCCAAAAAUAUUUUACCUUUCAGUUUCCUUUUUGUAUUUUCCUCAAGUUUCCAUCACUGUUCCUGUUAUCAAAUACUAUUUUGUAAUGUUGUA